GUGGAUCUGAAGCAUUUGUAUCGUGUAUUUGUGUCGUGCAAUUCUCUGCCCAUGCUACUUUUGGACAGAAAUGUUUCAGAGACACUUAAAGGGUUAAUUUAGCAGCGCUGAAUUUGCGGAAUUGGAGCUGAUAUUGGUCUUUUCUCCCAGUGCGGCGGGUAGUGCUUGAGGCUUUCCUUCUGCUCUCGGAAAGCAGCUGUUCGCAGUAUCUUGUUUAUAUUUUUGACUUUCCUCUUCUGGCACACAGAACCUUCACGGAGGGAGAGGACCAUUUUGUAAGAGUUUGGGUCACACACUGACUCUGAUCAUCAAUUUGUUACAAUCUGGGCCACGUGAGUCAAGUGUACUCUGGGGAUCAGAAAUGAAGGGGGCAGUGAAUAAGCCCAUAGCUCCAGUGAGCAAACAGUGCAGCCGGAACAUGGAGCGGCCACGAGCAUCCAGCCUCACAACACCUGGUACAAAGUCCUCGCGACCCCAGUCCUCGUUACCCACCAACUCUCAGCUCACCAAGGUGAAGAGUAAAAGCAGUGAUGAUUUAUUGGCAAAAACUACUGGCAGCUUCACUUCAAGCUCAUCAAGAUUGAAGAAAACAGUUCCCAUGGGAACCAUCACUGAGCUCAGCGAGGACAAGGCGAAGAGCAGCUCAGGAUUGAGCUGCUCUCAUCGACGCUCUGCUAUUCCUACUCCAAGAGAUUCAACAACACCUGGUAAAGAUAAACUUGUCCGUGAGCGAUUCCGUAUACCGCCUGGCAAGAAGGCAGCUGCUUCCCUCAGCUGUGACGCUGCGGCUCCAACACGAGCACUUCCAACAGCUUUAAGAUCCAGAAGCCAGGGUGAAGAAAGUGUCCAAGCAAGGCUCGAGACUCAGAUUAAAGCACUGUUGGCAGAAGCCAAGGCUAAAGAUUUUGAAAUCAGUAAAUUAAGAUGUGAGCUGAACCAACAACAAAAUAAACAUGAAAAGAAUGAUCUGGAAGAGUUGUCGGGGUUUCCUGGCAAGGCUGACUCACAAAUAAAGACACUGGAACAAAAAAACCAGAUUCUCCAAAAUGAGCUCGAGGAGACGCGGGCGGAGAGACACAUCUUACAGGAACAGCUCCUCACCCUGGAGCACCUCAGAGAAGGUGUCCAGUCUGUGACUGAAGGUAACUCGCUGAGUUUAGAAGUCUCCCUCUGUAGUGAUCCCAGCAGCAGCCUCUGUACCCCAUCCUCGUUGGAAAGCACCAGGAAUCAUACUAGAGAAUCAUUCGAUAACACCCUCCUGGCUGUCAAUGGGGGGAGAUCUCUCAGCUCAUUCUCCAACAUGAGCAGUGUGACCCCCUAUCCAGAUUCAAAAGACCUUAACAGAGUUUUUGACCCCUCUCUCAUGAGCACUAAUGGUGUUGAAGGCAAUAUCAGCUCCAGUCAGGAACCUCUGAGGUACACUGGUUCAGUGUCAGGAGAUUGCCUUGCUGAAAAGCUGCAUCAGAUGGAAGAGAAGCAGCAUUGUACAACAGAGGAGCUACAGGCGACCCUUCAGGAACUAUCUGACCAACAACAGCUUGUUCAGGAGCUGACCGCUGAAAACGAGAAACUGCUAGGGGAGAAAGCCAAUCUGGAAAGUUCCUUCCAGCUCCAGCAGGAGAGACUCCAGCAGCUGAUCAGAGGGAAGGAGAAACUGCUGAGCCCAUUGCAGGAGAGUCCACAAGUGAACACAGGGACAGCGCUGGCUGAUAGUGUGCAGCCACAUGAGGGGAAAUUGUUUACAACACAACAGUCAGUCAGUAAUUACCUGACUUUGCAGGAGGAGAAGCCAGGAACUGAAGUCCAGCUGGAAAGUCUCCGAUAUGAGGUCAGAACGCUACAGAAAGUGCUGAAGGCAGAGCAGGAACGGAAUGCUUCACUCACAGAUUCACUGGCUGAGAGCCAGACUGAAAAUACUGGGCUGAGAAAUCAGCUGAAGAAACACAGACUGCUGGAGCUGGAGAAAGAUGUGACUGUCAAUGCCAAGCUGGGUCAGUCUGACAGAGAGGAGGUGGACUGUGCAGCACUGAGCCACAACUCACUACAGGCAACCAAUGCAGGCACUCCCCUGCACAACCCCUCAGCAAAGGUGCAGUCUGAACAGCUCGAAGAACCGUGUCUCCCUGCAGACAGGCUACAGGGUGAGACCAGAAACAGAGAGUCAGAAAUCAAAGACAUGAAAGAGACCAUCUUCGAACUGCAGGACCACGUGGAGCAGCUUCAAACAGUUCAACUGCAUAACAACAGGACCAUCCUGGACCUUGAAGGGAAAGUGACGACUUUAGAACAGCAGAAACGGGAAUUGGAGAAGCAACUUAAGAUGUCUAACAAAAAAAUGAAGGAGGAGGCUGAGGAGUGGCGUCACUUUCAGGCUGACCUGCAGACAGCUGUGGUGGUGGCUAAUGAAAUCAAGUGUGAGGCACAGCAGGAGAUCCAUGUUCUCAAGAGGAAGCUGCAGGAGGCCGAGCAGGGAAUGGAGUUACUGCAGCAGGAGCUGGAGGAGCUGAGAGGUAGCAGGUCUGAUCCUUCCCAAGUGUGAAGCAAAUCUGAGCCGGUGACCGAGACCCAGGAGCAGCUCCUGGAUUAGGGACCGGAGCUCAGGAGACAUUUCUGAAACUCUGAGUCCGGCUACCUGGACACUGGCCACAAGUUUCGUUAAGACUGUUGGAAGGAGUAUCCCAGGAACCAGAGCCCUGUCUGUGUGAACAUGGACCUUUCACAGUGGGCUGUUGUGGUCUGGAAUGCACUGCCAGAAAGGGUGGUGGAAACAGAUUCAAUAGUAACUUCCAAAUGGACAGUGGAUAAAUACUCAAAGGAAAAUAUGCAGGGUUCCAGAAUAUGAUGGAGGGUGCAGAACUAAUUAAACAGAUGUUCAUAGAGUUAACUUGGGCACAAUGGGCUGAAUGUCAUCCUCUUAUGCCUUUUGAUCUUAUAAUAAAUUAAGAGGUGACCUGAUCUCAGCAACUUCACUUCACCCUGAAUCCUCUCGGUGUCUGUCCUGUGACUGUUCCUGACUCACUGCCGUCUCAUGUCAAUGUGAUAUUGCUGCCACCUGUUGGUGGCUCUGUGUCUGGCAGUCAGCUAUCCAGUGCUCAGUCAGACAUUGUAUACACACAAACUUCUAAAUCUUGCCUUUUAUUAGCAAUGUUAGGGUGGAAUGAGGCAGAUUGUGUAAAACACCUAGAACAUAGCACAUUCCAGCGCAGUACAGGCUCUUUGGCCUUUGAUGUUGCGCCAAACUGUGAAAGUAAUCUCAUGCCCAUCUAACCGACACUGUUCCAUAAUGAUCCAUAUGUACGUCCAAUGCCCAUUUAAAUGCCCUUACCGUUGGCGAGUCCACUAUUGGUGCAGGCAGGCCAUUCAAUGCCCUUACUACACUCUGAGUAAAGAAACUACCACUGAUAUCUGUCCUAAAUCUAUCCCCCCUCAAUUUAAAGCUAUGUCCCCUCAUGUUAGCCUUCACCAUCAGAGGAAAAAGGU